CAGAACGUAUUGAGCACUUCCAGUUUGCUUGAUGUACAGAGAAAAUCAUUUUACAGUCUAUAUAAUUAACUUGAGAGAGGAGUUAAUCUGGAGAAGAUUGUGCUGUCAGCUGUUACAAGGUAAGAAAACAAGAGGCUGGAAGAACACAGCAGGCCAGGCAGCAUCUGGAGGAAAGGAUCAGUCACCGUUUCAGAUUCAUCAUCAAGUUAUUGAGGAGCCAUGAGCUGGAGUUUACUCCGUGAUGUUUUGAGCGGAGUGAAUAAAUACUCCACUGUUGUGGGGAGAAUCUGGUUGAGUGUUAUGUUCGUAUUCCGAGUCCUUAUCUAUGUGGUGGCUGCAGAACGUGUCUGGAAUGAUGAACAGAAGGAGUUUACCUGCAACUCAAGGCAAGUUGGUUGUGAAAAUGUAUGUUUCGACCACUUCUUUCCAGUGUCGCACUCAAGACUUUGGGCACUGCAACUUAUCUUGGUUUCUACCCCUUCUCUUCUGGUUGUCAUGCAUGUAGGUUACAGGGAACACCGAGAGAAGAAGUACAAAAAAAAGCUGUACAAAGACAAAGGGAACAUAGAUGGAGGUCUGUGGUGGACCUAUUUCUUUAGCCUAGUGUUCAAAACAGGAGUUGAGUUCAGUUUCCUGUUUGUGCUGGCAUGGAUGUACGAUGGCUUCAUUAUUCCUCACCUUUUGAAGUGUGAGAUCAAACCUUGCCCUAAUGUGGUGGAUUGUUUUGUCAGUCGGCCAACAGAAAAGACCAUCUUCCUCUACUGCAUGGUUGCCUCCUCGGUUCUGUGCAUACUGCUAAACAUUUGUGAGAUGAGCUACCUAAUCUUAAAACAUUGCAGAGAUUGGUGUGAAAAGAGAUCUGUGAAGCAGGCAAAACGAUUGAAAUGUGGAUGCCGUCCUUUAGAAACGAAUCAGCCUCAACGAAAAGGACUUAAAAAUGGCACUUUGAGGUCUUCUGUAAGUAUGUGCACUUUGUAAAAUCAGAGCAACAGCAAGACAAUCUCUGAUAUUGCGAAUGAAAGCUGGCUUUAGAGCAAGAGACUUUGGUGGACAGUUACCUGUUAUUUAAAGAAAUAAACCAAACAUGAAUUAUUGCAUUAACAAAGACAGAGAAUGCCAGAGAAACUCAGCAGGUCUGGCAGCAUCUGUGGAGAGAGAAACCGAGUUAACGUUUCAAAUCUAAAAACGCUUUCCCGAACUUUCACAGUCAUGUUGGACUCGAAGUGUUAACUCUAUUUUUCUCUCUCCACCGUUACUGCCAACCUUGCUGAACUUCUCCAGCACUUUCUACUUUUACUUUAAAUCUUCAGCACCUGCAAUAUUUUGCUUUUAUUUGAUUUAUGGAGCUACUGCCGAGGAAUCUUUGAAGAAUGUUUAAAAUUUUUACUGAAAAGAUUGUGGAUGUGUAGAAUACUAACUUCAACAUGCCUUAAUUACAUAUAAUUUUGAACCAAGCUUUGUACAAUUGAGUGCAGGACACAUGGGUCAGCACAGAACACACGGUUGCCAUAUUAAUUACAAAAGUCAGUUAUACCUUUGUAAAAGAUUAUAUCUUUAGUAAAAAAGAUCUCCUCCCGAGUACAUCUACAAAUUGUGUAAACUUGGCAAGUUGAUCCUAAGGUGAAAAUGACCACUUAUUCAUUUUGAUGAAAAAAAAAUAGCUGUUGCGUUUUUGGGUAAUCGUGAAAGUGGGUGCACAGUUGAGGAAGUCAUUUACAAAGACACAAGAGCUAUUGCACAGACAGUAUUUACUGUCAGCCAGGCAGAAUUAUGGGAACAUAAUUUACGUGUUCUGGCGUAAAGAUGUGAGGGUUGUAAGCAUGCAGAGAUUUUACUUCUCCGUCCUUUCGUCUUACUUUCUGACAAUGACUGUAAUUUGUAUUGUUUAUUUUACCCUGGUAAAGUUAAUCCGAAUUGUAUCCUGACUGUUACGUAGUACAUGAGAAAAUGCAAUCAAUCAUAAACAAUUAUUUCACUGUACGUGAAAAGACUUCCAUUCAUAAAAACACAUUAAAAAACCCUGAAUUGUAUCAGUGAUAAUGGGAACUGCAGAUGCUGGAG